AUGGGAAGAGGUGAAGAUAGGAUCAGCAACUUGCCUGAGUCUGUUCUUCAGAGCAUCCUCACAAUGAUGCCUCUGAAAUCAGCAAUCAGAACCGACGUUCUCUCCAAAAAAUGGCGAAAUCUAUGGAAAUACUCUCUCUAUACAGCCACCGCACUGGACUUCGGUGACGACUUGGCCAAUAAUCUUUCUGCAACUGACUUUGUGGAAACAGUUAACAGAUAUCUAUCACUUCAUGCAUCUAAGAAGCUGGAAAGGUUCCAUCUUUUCUUCUCUCCAUUUGAUUUGUUUGCUUCUGAUAUAGAGAGGUGGAUAAGUUAUGCAAUCGGUAAAGGUGUUAGAUAUCUUGAUAUAGACUUAUCCCAAGGUGAAUUCAGCCAUGGAAGAAGCCCGUUUGACCUUCCUUCUCUAUUUGAUUGUGAUACAUUGAUUGAUUUGAGCUUAUGUUGCUGCAAUUUCAAAUCUCCUUUGAAUUUGAGCAAUUUUGGUGGCUUGCAAUCUCUCUCACUCAGUCAUUCCAAUAUCAGUGAAGAAAUGCUUCAGACCAUUCUCACUGAAUGCUCUCUUCUUGAGAGCUUGAGUCUUAGGAGCUGUAAGCAACUUGGUGCUAUUAGCAUUAUGGUUCCAAAUCUGAAACUCAAGAGGUUGAUCAUUAGGGAUUGCCAAUCAUUCGAUUUGUUGGAGAUCAAUGCACCAAAACUUCAAUCUUUUCACUACUUUGGAAGAUUAUGUAUUCAAACUAACUUAUUGAACAUCUCAUCACUGAAAGAUGUAUCAAUCUGUUUCAAUACUGGAGGAACAUGAGCUUAUUAUCAUACAUUUCAAUGGGGACAUCCGAUCUUGGAUGGUUUAUCAGAGGCGUGGCCGCCGAUCUACAACCACGAUCGAGUCACUAUAUUUUUUAUUUAUGUAUUUUC